AAUUAAAAAAGAAGAAAUGUCCCUCUUCCCUGCUUAUUCGAGUGACAAACUCGAAUCGACAACUUGCAGUGAUGCUGAUAAUGCUUCUAUCAAAUGGUUAUCAAACUCGAGUUUUCAAACGCAAAUACCAACUAAAAUCGAACCUCCCGAUUUGUAUUCCUCAUCAGAUGAAUCUUUACAUGAAUCUUUCUCUAAUGUAGAAAAGCAAGUGUUACCCGAAACGAUCUUACCAGAUGCAAAAAUAUAUGCAAGACAGAAAGUUGACAAAGUACAAAAAACAGAAAGGAAAAGACGUACGCAUGACAGUAAAAGAUCCAAGUCAGAUUACGAAUUGGAUGUUGAAAAUGUAUAUUUUGAAGACAGACAUAGAGAUAAAGGGAACAACAACAUAAAUACAUUUUGCUCUAGAGUGAGGCCAUAUUAUGAUAUUAGUGAGAAAUCUCUUGGCUUUAUUAAGCGCAAACAACCAAAGAAAGAUUUGUUUCAUAGAUAUUAUGUUAAAAAUAUUGAUUCUGUAGAGACGAAGAAAAAAGAUACAAUUAUCAAGAGGACAAAUGAGAAAGAAGCUUCAACAAAGCAAGAUGAAGCAAAUGAAAGCAUACCUUCCUGGUGCAAAAAUUUGGAAGAAGAACAAAAGUGCAAAACUCGAGAAUAUAACGUACAACUUUUAGAAAAUCCCCAUAAUGUUAAACUUUGGUUACAAUACAUUGAUUUUCAGGAUACUUUGGCUUACUAUCAAAAACAUCAAUUAACCAAAGAUAUACAUCGAUCUACAGUACUGAAAAAGUUAUCCAUCGUUGAAAAAGCACUUGAAAAAAAUACAGAUUCCAAAGAAUUAUUAAUAUUAAAGCUACAUUUUAUGACAGAACUAACACCAUCUGAUGAAUUAUCAAAUCAGUUGGAGGCUUUAGUUAAUAAAGAUUCAGGGAAUAUUGUGCUAUGGCAGCACUUUAUUAUGGUCACACAAGCUUCAGUAGCAAUGUGUACUGUCCCACGAGUGUUAGAUUUGUAUUCAAAAUGCUUUUGCAUAUUGAGACAACGUUCUAGAACAAAUCCUUCCGUCUAUGAUGCACAACUAUUACACAUGUUGUAUCAAUGUUUAAUAUUUCUGAGGCAUACAGGAUUGUGGGAACAAAUGUGGGAAACGAUACGUAUAAAUCUGAAUUUAAAUUUGAACUUAAACAAAACUAGUCUAUCCUUUCGAGGAUCCAUAGAUGAAAAGAAAUUAAUUGGAAUGGAAGAAAUGAUAUUGAUGUCACGAUUACCAUUAAAUCAAUUAUGGCAGAGGACAGAAUCAUUAAGAGAAAAUUGUCAUUGGAUUAGCGUUAGUAGAGACGAAUUAGAAUUGGUUGGAGAUUCUAGAAGGUUUAUUUUACCAGAAGAUGUAGCAGAUUUUGUACAUCCAAUUCUCUCUCGUAAUUCAAAUUUUCAGAUGGUUAUUUAUUCUCUUUUAUGUCUAAAAGUCCCACUUCUACCUUGUCGAGAUUGCUACAUGAAAGAAUUAUCAUUAAAAGAUUUUCAUUGGGGAAUAGAGUCUAUAGAAGUGUUACUUCCAUUCAUGUAUCCUAUGGUAGGUGAAAUGGCUGGUCAUGAUCAAAGAAAAGAGUUGUUAAAGGAUAUUCUCGAAGGACGUUUAACAUCGGGGCCUCAGUAUCUUAAAUUCCAUCCGGCGCAGGAACCAUAUCUAGAUUUUAUACGUAAAAUAUUUCAUACAAUCGCGGAAAAUCUAUCUUCGUUGCAACGAACGAGUAUAUAUAUCUGGUGGUUGCGAUUGGAAAGGCUAUUGGUUUUUCUUAGCAAGGACGAGCCUUUAAAACAUGAUAAUAAAGGAAAGAAAUUGAGAGCAACAUUGAAAGAAUUCUUGAAAAAGGAUGAAAAUAGAAAUAAUUUGUACUUCUAUAAGGAAUAUGCUUUAAUAGAACUGGAGAUGGGCAGAUUCAGUAACUGCAUGAACAUUCUUGAAACCGCUAUUCAAUCUCAAGGGGCAUGCCCAUCUGCAAUUAGCGAUAUUAAUGAAAAAGCAGCACUUUUCAGCGUGUAUCGAACAUUUAUCGAAACCUUGCUUGAUAUCAGAACAUAUAAAGAAUCGCAUAAACAAUGGAUGCUAAAAGUCUUUGGUCAAAUGGUACCUAACAAAAGCGGAAAUCAAGAAGCAUUAAUUGAAGCGUACUUAUAUUCAUGUGUACAAGACUUUCUGCAAGUUCCUCUUAAUGAGAAGGAAAAUAUCUUUUUCUUAUCGAAUUUAGAAUGCGACGCAAUCGUAUGUUACGCGUACUUUCUGUAUAUUAAAGAUAAUGAUAUCCAAACUGUUACAAAGAUAUUGAGCAGCUGUAUUGAUCAUGCCAAAGAUUAUUCUUAUUUGCAGGAAAUGUUAUAUGAAAGUCAAAUUGCAAUUCUGCAAUUACAUCAUAAACGGACUGAAAGCAUGCAGGUCAUGCUGAAAGAAAGCUUGAGCAAAGUUCUAAGUGUAUAUCCGAAUAACUUUUACGCUUUAUCUGUAUUUGCUGAAAUAGAGAGUGAAUUGCCAACUUGGAGAUUUAAUAGUAGAGGCACUGAAAUUGAUUUAUGGCGAGCUAUGGCGAUGUGUCUAGCUGUUCGCAGACGUAUUGGUCUUCUAACGAAACUUGAUCAUUCUGAUGCAAUGAAUGCCGCACUGAAUAAAUUAUUAUCAUUUCACUUAACACUUUCUAGGAUUCCAUCGAUUCGAUGUUGUCCAUUGUUGUGGAGAUUAUAUAUGCUUCUUUUACGCGAGCAUAAUUUAUGUGAGAAAAAGGGAGAAGAAAUUUAUCACGAAAGUGUCACGCAAUGUCCAUGGGCAAGAAGUAUCUACAUAGAUGCAGCUGAAGUAGCACCUCAAUUACUCACACAAAUCCAAGAUGUGAUACGCGAAAAAGAAUUAAGAAUGCACGUGACACCUGAAGAAUUAGAUAUUCUUCGUGGAUAAUACAAUUAUCUAAUUCUCUAUAUCUAAAAAAUAAUGUAAAAAUGUUACUUGUUUUAUAUUUUAUUUUGUAAUGUAAUUAGAUAUAGAAGCAUCUUUCAAUUUUAAUUUAUAUCUAAAAUAGUUGAGUGUAAAAUAGUUGAGAAUAGAAUACAAAAUAACAUGAUAUUAAAUAAGAAGCAUAAUAAAAUAAUUUGAUUUACUUUA